AUGGAUGCUCCAACCACAGAUGUGCCCCCAGAGGAUUACCAGAGCCCUGGCACCAUGGGCUUUGGGGACGAGCUGACUCCAGAGGCUCUGAGUGUACCUAGUGGUUUUGAUGACUUGAUCACUUCUACCACCUCCCAGGUGCUUCAGGCCGCAUCCAACGCUGGCCGCAAUGGCAUGUUGUCCAAGAUGGAUAAGUUGGCAGACCACAUGUCCAACACGGGAGACCUGGCUGACACAUCCGGUCCCCUAGAUUUGGAAAUUGUAUCCCAGGAUGAGCAGGUGCAAUUCUGGUUAGUGGUAGGGUACACCAUAGUGGUCUUUGCUGCCAUCAUAGGCAACUGGGUCUUAAACCACAUAAUUAUGAAGUAUAAGAGGGUACACACUGCCACCGGCCUCUUCGUCGUCAACAUUUCUGUGACCAACAUGAUGCUCGCUCUUCUCAGCUCUCCCUUCACCAUGGUGCGCUAUCUGUGUAAUUCCUUGGUGUUUGGAAAGAUGACAUGUCACCUCAGUCGCUUUGCCCAGUACUCAUGUGCCUAUGUAACUGUGAUGAGCAUGGCAGCUAUUUCCCUGGAUCGACAUCGGGUGAUGCUAUAUCCUCUGAAGGCCCGGAUUACUCCCAUGCAAGGCAAUGUCUGCAUCAUCAUUAUCUGGAUUGUGAGCACUUGUGCUGCUUUGCCACAUGCCGUUUACCAGAAGCUUUACCAAGUGGAAUUUGGCAACACAACAGAGGAAUCUGCCUGCCUCCCAAGUUUCCCUUAUACUUCUAAAUCCACAUGGAAAUACCUUGACCUGGGCACCUUUCUGGUGUUCUUCAUCUUGCCUUUGCUGGUGCUGGUGGCUGUCUAUGGUCAUGUGGCCAAAAAGCUGUGGAUCCAUGAUGCUGUUGAUGACAUCAAUAUCCACACUUACAUCUGCCAGCGUGGAAAGAAGAAGCAGACCCUAAAGAUGCUGAUGACAGUGGUGCUUCUGUAUGCAAUCAGCUGGAUCCCCCUCAAUGUUUACCUGGUGCUCCUGUCAAGUGAAUCCAUCUCAAGCCACAAUGGUCUCUACUUUUUCCUCCACUGGCUAGCAAUUAGUAGUUCCUGCUACAACCCCUACAUUUAUUGCUGGCUCAGUGAUAGUUUCCGUAUUGAAGUUCAGAAAGUCAUCAUGGAAAUCCAGAAGAUGCUACUAGAUAAAAUCAGCCGCCUUAGGGGAGAGCAUCGCCGACUGAGCUCUGUAUCUCAUACCCACACCCCUGCCAGUGUGGAUUCCAAUCCAGGAGUGCCCAAAUUCCCACGAUUCAGAGAUUUUGAUGAGCUGCCCAGUCCCCCUCCCUCCCCAGCAGUGGAAAUCUCCUUUCUCCAUUCAGUGCCUAGAGUUUAA